AUGGCGAUCCACGAUGCAGCCCCCGUUCUUGCCGGUCUUCUCACUUGGCGUUUCCUCAACCGUCACACCGUUCGCGGAGACUACUUCCUUCUUUACUCCGCUUUCCUUCUCGCUUCCCUCUCCGCCUACAACUACUGGCUUGCUGAUCCCCGAGCAUCCUUCAUGCCUCCCUCACUCUCCUCAUCUACCUCGCCUCACUCGCAACGAGCACACACCCUCUUCCUCGCCACCCUCUCCUGGACCGGCCAUCGCCACCUCGAGCUCGAACGCCUCCACGAGCGUUACGGCAAGUUCGUUCGCAUCGGCCCAAACAUCCUCUCUACAAACGACUCCUCCGAGUUGAUCACCAUCUACGGCGCGAAGACGCACCUCGACAAGCCCGACUCCUACAACCUUCCCGGCAGCACCGGAGAAGUCGCGCUCUUCUUCAAGCAGUCCCGGGACGACCAUGCCGCCCGCAAGCAUAUCUGGGCCCAGGCGUUCACCAUGAACUCGAUAUCAAACUUCUUCACACCUCUCCAUCGCAACACUUGGUACCUGAUGAAAUGCAUCGCGGACCGCACCCGCCCUGAUGGCUCCGUGAACUUGUAUGAGUGCCUUUGCCAUUGGGCGUAUGAUAUCAUGGGUGAUGCCACCUUUGGCGGUACCAAUGGUCUUCGGCUGAUGAAGGAUGGUGAUCCAAAGAACAUAGUCGAAGGAGGAAAGAUUGCUACCGUGGUGCUCGACAGUUUCGGUCUGUGCCCGUGGCUCAUCGACAUCCUGUGGUGGUUGCCUGGUCUAGCGACCAUGGACUCGAUGAAGGAGCUCAAGGCGCUGGCUGCAAGCAUGAUCCAGACCCGUGUGCGCAACAGCGACAACGUCAAGAUCCGCGACCUCAUGUCCUACUUGCUCGAGGGUGACGCCCGGACGGGAAGGAAGAUCGACAUGGCGGACCUCCAAGUUGAUGCGAUCACCACUGCCUCUCCAGGGUCGGACAACACCAGCACCACGCUCAUCGUCGCCGUCUACUUCAUGCUCUGCCGCCCGUCUCUUUGGACCGACCUCCGCGUGAAGCUCGAGGAAGUGAUCGAGGACCCGACCGCGGACCUCGACAAGACCACGCUCGCGUCCAUCCCGCUUCUCGACGCGAUCCUCAAGGAAGCCCUCCGCUUCGCGUCCCCGUACUACGUCCCGCGCGAGGUCCCCCCCGGCGGCGUCACCGUCGCCGGCAGGUACUUCCCGCCCAGUGUCAUCCUCGCCUCCGCGAACCACGCCGUGCACAUGUCCGAGGAGAACUUCUCGCCGGAGCCUCGCACGUUCCUGCCCGAACGCUGGCUCCCCGGGGGCCUUGGCCCCAACACGGUCACGAACCAGAGCGCGCUGUCCUCCUUCACUUUCGGCCCGCACCACUGCCUCGGCAAGAACUUCGCGAUGCACGAGAUGCGCAUGUGCCUGGCGCGGAUGGUGCUGAUGUACGACUUCGAGCUCACCGGCGGGCACGACAGGGGCGAGUUCUACCGCGGCCUCCGCAACGCGCGCACCACCCUCUUCGACAAGCCCCUCGUCGUGAACGCCAAGCUCCGCAGGGCGUCCAGCUCCCCGUUGACCUUUAGAGUGCCCCCCUUACCGUUUAUUUGCCGUAUAUUUGCCAUAUUUAUUGCCCCCGGGUACUGUAUUCCGUAG